UUCCACCAUUCUCCCCCUUCUUCACUGUUAUUUUUUUUUAUUUAUUUAAUAAAAAUGGUUUAAAUUCAAAUUUCAAAAUCCAGAUUUUUUUGUAGAAAACUUGGGAAAAUAUAUAUACGUAUGUAACGAAAAUGGAAGGCGAGUCUCUCUAUUUAUAUUUACAGAAGAAGUUGGAGUUUUCGUCGUCAGGAGGCGGAGAAGAGCGAAAUCUAUCGUCUUUGAAUCUCUUUUACUUGCUCGAUUCACCACCACCACUCCCCUCCCCCCUCCCAUGGCUGGACCAUCAUGGUUGAUAGACAGUAAUAGAAUCGCCACAAAAAUCAAGAGUGCAUCUGGAACUUGUCAUCCUGAAAGAAUUGCAUGGAAGAGUAACCCUGCAAGAGCUUGUCCCAAUUGCCAGUUUACAAUUGACAACAGUGAUGUUGUUCAAGAGUGGCCUGGAUUACCUAGAGGUGUGAAGUUUGAUCCAUCUGAUCAAGAGAUCAUCUGGCACUUACUUGCAAAAGGUGGAGUCAGGGAUGUAAAGCCCCAUCCUUUUAUUGAUGAGUUUAUCCCAACUGUUGAAGAAGAUGAUGGAAUCUGUUAUACCCACCCUCAGAAUUUACCAGGUGUCAAGCAAGAUGGAAGUGUAUGUCAUUUUUUUCAUAGAGCGAUCAAGGCCUACAAUACAGGAACCCGAAAGCGUAGAAAGAUUCAUGGUGAUGAUUUUGGUGAUGUCCGCUGGCACAAGACUGGUAAGACCAAACCAGUGAUCUUGGAUGGGGUUCAAAGAGGGUGUAAGAAAAUUAUGGUUCUGUACAUGAGCAUGGUCAGAGGAGGUAAACCUGAUAAAACUAACUGGGUUAUGCAUCAAUAUCACUUGGGAACUGGCGAAGAUGAAAAGGAUGGGGAGUAUGUUAUCUCUAAAAUAUUUUAUCAACAACAGCAGCAAGUCAAGCAGGGUGAUAAAACUGACCAAGAUUUCCCUGAAAGCACUGAGUCGAUGAUAGGAAAAGUGGAUCCUGUCACACCCAAGUCCACGACUCCUGACCCUCCUCGUGCUGAAAGGCGUUGUUCAGAUUAUGACCUUGGGCUGAAUAUUCCUGUUACUUGUGCUGUUCCUGAUGCCCAGCAUGCUGAGACUGUUUGCAUUGAAAAUGAGGUUCAACCUGAACAUGAAAAGCCUGAUUAUGAUGAUCAAAACAAGAUAGAAAAUCAUGCCGGUGAAGUGGUGGAUAAUAAUGAUGUUUAUGCUGAGGAAGAUCCAAAAUGGUGGGACAGUGAGUCACAGAAUCUUUUGAAUUCUCAACAACUUGUGGAAGGGCUGUCUCUUUGUGAUGAUCUACUUCAGAGCCAGUCUCCAAAUAGGGAUGGAAAUUUGAAUGGAGCAGGGAAGAGCAAGCCCCGUCUAGCUGAUUAUGCUCAAUUAGGACCGGAGGAUUUAAAGAAGGAUCUAGAGGAGUGCCAAAAUCUUGCUCUCGAUCCAGCUAACAUAGAACUUGAUACACCUCCAGAAUUUCGACUGAGCCAGCUUGAAUUUGGAUCGCAAGAAAGUUUUCUAGCUUGGGGUGGGAGCAGGGUGAUUGACUGAGUAUGCUUUGGGCAUUUUCGAUCUUGCUGUAAUUUUGUGGCCACUUUUUGUGAACACUUCACCUUAAACAUAUUUUUGAUGGGAGUAUAAUUCUUUGCUUAGAAGUUGGAGUGUAUAUCUUUUUCAUGGGCGAAGUAUGGUUUUUGGUUGGAAAAAUGGAGUUGUAAUUCAUGGGGCCGAAGUUACUGUCAUAUAACCCGCGUUGUAAUUACACCUGUGUUUGAGAUAGGAUCAAUGUAUGGUAUGCUUGUUCUGUUUAAA